UUAACGGCGUCAAUUGCAACAAUGUUUGACUACGAGUUUUUUGUGAGGAAUAUAUUUGUUUUGUGUGUAAAUUUUGGAAUGUUUUUAAUAAAUGGAUAUCGAUACAAUUAAAAUCUCUUCGGAUCCAAGUCCACUGAAAAUGUCCAUUUGUAAGGCGAAUGAAAGUACUAUAAGUGAAAAUAAUAUUGUUUCCAGUAAUUAUAAAAUCAGUAGAACUGCGACAACAUAUCAAGCAAGUGAUAGUGGUGCACCAGCAAAUAUGGAGGGCAACAAUAGUAUUGCUAAAACUACUGAAGAGUGUGCAGCAGGUAACAAUGUUCCGCUUAAAGCACCAACUAUGUUAGUUGGCCGAGAAAAACGCAAUUUAUCACCAACCAUGCAGGAAACUUUCGUUGAUCCCCAAUCACCAUCAUCAUCGUCCUCUACUUCACAGGCCACUAGUGCCAAUGAUGCGACUUUUGAACCCACCAUUGAAAUGAUGGUAAAUGAUUUCGAUGAUGAGCAAACUUUAAAUGAGGAAGAAGCUUUAGCUGCUCUAGAAUCACAGGAUCCGGAUGAGGAAAUAAAUACGCUAAAGGAAGAAAGUGAAAUGCCUUUGGAAGAAUUGUUAGCUAAAUACAGUGCAUUGCCUCCUCUUCCGCCUACAAUAGAACCGUUACGAAAAAAAUCUAAAAAGUCUUCAUCAUCCUCACACAAGAAAAAACACAAAUCGAAACAAAAGCAUAAUGUUCGUCCACAACAAACUCCAAAUGAUUCUAUUGAGCAAUGUACUGCUUCCAAUGAAGUUGAUGACCCUACAAAACACGCCAAAGCUAAUUUAGAAUUGAAUAAUGCAGAGAAUGUAGAGGAAAAGGAUUUGCCAGAAGAUAAAAAGGUAGAUGAUUAUGAUGAAGAAGGCGCUAGCAGCCCCUCUUCACCCCGAAAACCCACAACACCCUCGCUAGACGAAGAGCGCAAAGAAGACGAAGAAAGUGCUUUUGUUAACGAAAAUGGAAUACAUAGUGAAAUUCUUAAAGUUCGUCGAUCUCAUUUACUCGAUUUGUAUCCGGAAGGAACAUUUGAUAAUGUUGUGAUUAAUGAUGCUAUUGCAGGCAAUAGUAAAGAUAUUCCCCUAGAAUCUUUAUAUGGCGUUGAGGAUGACGAUGAAGACGAAGAAAUUGAGGAAGAGGAGGAUGAAGACUACAAAAAGAAAGUAAUGAUUGGAACAUCAUAUCAAGCUACUAUACCAGUGGGUCUAUCGCAGUAUGGCGAUAUUUUACCGUAUGAAAAUGAAGAUAAACUCAUUUGGGAACCCAGUCAAGUCAGUGAACGUGAAGUAGAAGAGUAUUUAAUUAAAAUUAGAGAUAUUAAAUCUAAUCAACAAGGCGACGAAGAGGAAGACGAGGAUUCCGUUAUUGAUACAAAUUUGGAAAACCAAUCGAAGGAAAAUAGUAGAGCUGACAACAAUAAAGACAAUUUGGAAAAUAAUUCCUUUUUAGCGAAUGGCAACAAAUUACAACUUGAUACAGCAGCGUCUUUAGAUAUGGACAGUCAAGCUGUAGUCAAAGAUAACGAACAGGCUCUUCAUUUAUUGGUGCAAUGUGGCUACGAUUUUAAGGAAGCUUUACGACGAAAACGUCUAAAUGCACUUCCCCUAAAUGAUUGCAUGAGUUUGUGGUCUGAAGAGGAAUGUCAUAAAUUUGAGGAGGGCAUACAAAAGUAUGGAAAAGAUUUUCUAAAAAUUAGACAACACCAAGUGAGGACACGCACUAUGCGGGAGUUGGUACAAUUUUAUUACCUAUGGAAAAAGAGUGAAAGAAGAGAUCAUAAUUUCGCCAAUGCUGAUACCGUAGAUCAUAUGGAUAUUUAUUUAAAUGAAGAUAACGAAUACGGAUCCAAUUCUACCUCAGCUGUAACACCAGUAGGUUCACCAGUGGCUAAUAUUUCAAAUUGCACAAGUACUCGAAGAAAUAGCAAUGCUUCACAGAAAAACUUUUCCAUAAUGACUACUACCACUUCCACAAACAAUACAACAUCGACAGCAACAAUAAAUUUAAAUUUAGAGAAACCUGCUUCCAAUACUUCUCAGCAGCAACAUCAUAAAAGACGUACCAACAACAGUUGUAUAACAGCAUGCGAUUUUAGCAAUGAUAACUCUGGCAUUCUGCACACGAAUACCACCAAAUGAUGACAACGGACGAAGCGGUCUAAAAAACGUUAUAUACCGAUUCAAAAUCGUGUCAAAAGAAAACGUAAACGUAUAAUAGUUCGUAGACAUUUUCGUAAAAGUGUAAAUUUACGCAAAACAGCAACUAGUAUUGCGAAUUAAAACAACAUAAAAAGUAAUAAUAUUCCAUUGCAAUUACAAACAUACAUAAGUACGUACAUACAAACCUUUUAUAUAUAUAACUUAGAUAUGGACAUGUUUUAAAAGAAACAUGCAAUUGGAAAAUAAUAAAUUUUUGAAAUCCCUUCUUGAGUUGUACUCAUAAAAAACAUUUAGAUUUUGUGUUUUUUUUUUAAUAAUAUGUACAUAUUACGUAUUUUUCUCAGUUUCAUUCCCAGUCAGAUUUUUAUGGAUUUUUGGGAAGAAAACAUAGAGUUUUAAUCAUAUACAUUUUUAGGUAUUUCUGUCUAAUUCUUGACUGUAAAUCUGAUGGACUUUAAUGCACAGAAAGAAAUAAUUGCUGCUUAAUGCAAAUGUAAUAAUAAUGAAAAAACUUUAAGUUGUACAAAUUGAAUAAAAAAUGUGUUUUCAUUUUUUAAAAUCAUAUUUAAUACGUUUAUAUUGAAUACAUGCAACAAAAUUGAGUUAAAUACUUACGCAAAUACAAAUUUUCGAACUUUCAUUUCAAUAACAUUGUCCUUAUUUGGGAAACUAUAGUUUUAUAAAACAUAUUUUUUUAACAAAUACAUACUGAAAUACCUAUGUUGUUUUGAAAAUAAUGAUUUUUUUUUAAUUUAAACAUUUUGUGAACACUUAAAAUGUUUGUAAACAAUCUAUUUCUGUAAAAAAAUCAAUUUUUCGAAUAUUUUUUUUUUUAAUUCAAUGAAAAUAAAUUUUCGAAAAAUAUUUUUUUUCAUUCAAUCGUGAACCACUCUACUGUAAUAUAUUAACAAUGGAGCAACUUGGUCUCUUAAACCGUACAGCCGUAAACGUAAGAAACGCUCUCACCCAUUAAAUUAGUAAUGGGCGGAUUGUUGAAAUUGAUUGGAUUAAAGAAGAAAAUAUGUAAAGUGAAAACAAAGAAAAUAUCAUAAAAGAUGUAAAAAAAAAACGAAUAAAAAAAUAAAAUUGCAAUAUUAACGGAAGUUAAG